CGCGUUCAGAGUGAAAGAGGAGGAGGAUGUUACAGUAAAAGAAGAGGAGGAAGCCGUUUUGGGAGUGAAAGAGGAGGAGAUGACUGUCACAUUGGAAGAAGAAGAGGAGGUUGGCGAUCUGUUUAACACCAGAGAGAGAUGUGACUGUCGUGGAUUCUCUUGGGAGCCUCAACUACAUCAUGAUGCCGACGAGGCAGAGAAGAUUCUUUCCAGAUCAGAACACCUCAAGAAACCCCAGCAGAGACCCACAGGGAAAAAGCCUCACUGCUGCUCUGACUGUGGGAAACAUUGCAAAUGUUCAUCAGAACUAAAAAUACACCAGCGAGUACACACAGGAGAGAAGCCUUAUAGCUGUGAUCAAUGUGGGAAGAGUUUUACUACGUCUUCCAAUCUGACUAAACACCAGAGAAUACACACACAAGAGAAGCCUUAUAGCUGUACUCAAUGUGGGAAGAGUUUUGUUACUUCUAGCUAUCUGACUUUACACCAGAGAACACACACAGGAGAGAAAUCUUAUAGCUGUGAUCAAUGUGGGAAGAGUUAUGUUACAUCUAGCUCUCUGAAGGUACACCAGAGAACUCACACAGGAGAGAAACCAUUUAGCUGUACUCAAUGUGGGAAGACUUUUACUACAUCAAGCUCUCUGAAGGCACACCAGAGGACACACACUGGAGAGAAACUUUAUAGCUGUAAUCAAUGUGGGAAAAGUUUUACUCGGUCAAGCUCCCUGAUCAUGCACCAGAGAACACACACAGGAGAGAAACCAUAUAGCUGUAAUCAAUGUGGGAAGAGUUUUACUCAGCCAAAUGGACUGAUAUUACACAAGCGGACACACACAGGAGAGAAACCGUGUAGUUGUACUCAAUGUGGGAAGAGUUUUAUUCAGGCAAGCUGCCUGAAAGUACACCUGAGAACACACACAGGAGAGAAACCUUACCACUGCUCUGACUGCGGAAAAAGUUUUGUUAGCUUAAGUGAUUUAAAAUCGCACCAGAGAACACACACAGGAGAGAAACCACCAUAUAGCUGUACUCAAUGUGGGAAGAGUUUUAUUCAGUCAAGCUCCCUGAUAGUGCACCAGAGAAUACACACAGGAGAGAAACCUUAUAGCUGUACUAAAUGUGGGAAGAGUUUUACUCAGGCAAGCUGCCUGAAAGUACACCUGAGAACACACACAGGAGAGAAACCUUACCACUGCUCUGACUGUGGAAAGAGUUUUGUUAGAUCAAGUGAUUUAAAAUCACACCAGAGAACACACACAGGAGAGAAACCACCAUAUAGCUGUACUCAAUGUGAAAAGAGCUUUAAUCAGUCAUGCUCCCUGAUAUCACACCAGAGAACACACACAGGAGAGAAACCUUAUAGCUGUACUCAAUGUGGGAAGAGUUUUACUCAGUCAAGUGGCCUGAUAGCACAUCAGAGACACACACAGGAGAGAAAUCUCAUAGCUGUCAUCAAUGUGACAAGAGAUACUCUGUUAAAAGAUCUCUGAUCAAACAUCAGAAAAUACAUACAUGAAGGAGUUGUUUUAAUAAUCUCACAGUGUAGAAUGUUUUAACAUUGAAGUAUGAGUAUUUUAAUAAUGUCACAAUGUUUAACACUAAACGUUUGCCCCAUGUUCUAUUGAUUUCAGCAUGAUAUGGAUAUUAGCCUCAUGGAAAAAUACAAGCUCUGAAUUGAAAGAGUACUAUUUAUGUGAUUUCACAAAAAGUGACUAACAAAAAAAGAGUUGUGUUGCACUUCCCACAUUGGCGACCCACUUGAAUCAAAAUGCAACACUUCAAAAUGUAGCGAGCUGUUUUCUACAAAUUGUCCUCUAACCAGUGAUGUACACAUUAUUUCCAGAUUCUGUUUGGUUUUUGAGUUGUUAUUUUUAACAGGACAUGCAACCUCAUCUCCCUCCUCUUGCACAAUGACAAAUAAGUGUUGCGUUCCUCUAUUUAGCGACCCCUAAAUUUAAAUGCAUCACUCCAAAUUGUUGCUGACUCUCUUCUGCAGGUUGUCCUCUAACUAGUGAGAUAAAGGAUAUCUCCCAUUUCCAUAUGUUUUUUUAGUUGUGUUAGUUUCAACAGCACAAACAACCUGAUUUCCACCCUAAUCGAUAUCAGUAGUUUAUUGCUACUUGUCAAAACAACAGCGUUUUUGGUGCUUGUGUCCAUGGUGAGGACAACUUGGUUUCUGAUUGUCUCAAGGUGGGCAGUCAAAAAGGUUUGUGUUUUGCGUUUAGCCAGUGAGUUGCCAUGGAUCUUAUUCUGACUGCACGUUUUUCCUUAUUGGAGAUGAGUUUUGUUUGGGCUCGUUCCAAGUGGUUGUGAGUUCAAGAACAAGUGAGUAAUAGGAAGACGACAGUCAGAAGCUAGUGGGGAGAAGAAAAAAAAUAUAUAUUUUUUUAAAUUGUUGACAGCCAGUAGACACCAUGUUUAUAUUGGUGAAGCAUUGUAGUUGAUUAUAAAGUGAAAUGGAAGUUGUUUUCUGUUGGUGGUAAGCAUUCUCUUACAGUGUUACAAAUGUUUUUUUUUAUGGUUUGAGGUUGGACUUUAGCACGUCUAGCUCCUUAGCAUGUCUAGCUCCUUAGCAUGUCUAGCUCCUUAGCACGUCUAGCUCCUUAGCACGUUUCACCUCAUAAGUCGGUAUGUGUUACACCUGUGCUGGUUGUCCAUCUCGUUAUUGGGAAGGUGUUUCAUCUGAGCUGGUCCAGGUUCUAUUUAAGAGUGUCUGGCCCAGUGCUCCAGUUGUCUUGGUAGAUGUGGAGAGUCAACACCUUUAGUUGCGCUACCAUUUUGGUUUGCUUCCUGUCUGUAAGUUUGUUGUAGGUUUUUCUUUUGUUUGCCUCUUCUCGGGCAGAUUUAGUGGGUGACUUUUAUGUCCCAGUUGUUGUUACUAGUCAACAUUCAGUGGACACAGAGCAAAAAUGCAAGAUUAUGUUAAUAUACUUUUAUUGCAUCAAAUGGUAGUUUUAUGCAACAGAAUAGAGGGGUUAUAUAACUAUUGUGUCUGUGUGUUCUACUGAGGAAGGGCCUCUGGGAGAUAACAGUGACAGGAGAUUUACG